UUUCACAAAACCCCUUGGCCAAACUGGUAGCUUUCAUCUCGUCUCUUCCCACCCGCGCGGGAGUUGAGGAACGGGGACACGCAGCCCGCUCCUCCACUGUGACCGGCCACGCAGGCCCCCCCGGGGCCAUGCAAAGCCUUCCCGAUGGAGCUUUCCCACCCAGAUGCCCAGAAACACAGCGGGUCACGGUGGGGCCGCCCACCUGGCGGACACCACCCAGCAGUCGCGAGGACAACUCAUGCUGUCCUCAGCAGCACAGAUGGAGCUGGACAGGAUCAUGCCCAGGGGCUGGGCCAGAAGGAAGAAGAAAAAUACUGGAUGUUUCACUUGCCGGCGGAGGGAAGGGAGCCAGAGAAGGGCCAGGAACAAGCGAGUGGCGGCAGGCGGCAGGCAGCCACGAGCAGGGCACGCGCUGAGGGGAGGGGCCGGUGCCGGGGCUCUGCGGGACAACAGCGACUGAGACGCAAGCACGGAGCUGCGAGUGCACGAGAAGGCGGCUCUCCCGCCCCUGGUGAGCCCGCUCGGGCGGCACCACGCGAACAGGCUCUGUGGCUUCUCUUCCAGACGAUCCCUUACGUGGGGACCAUUUCCGAGCAGCUGCAGCCCGGGAGCCUGGUUGUCAUACGCGGCCACGUCCCCAGCGACUCCGACAGGUUCCAGGUGGACUUGCAGUGCGGCAGCAGCGUGAAGCCUCGGGCAGAUGUGGCCUUUCACUUCAACCCACGUUUCAAAAGGGCCAACUGCAUUGUGUGCAACACGCUGAAAAACGAGAAGUGGGGGUGGGAGGAGAUCACGUAUGACAUGCCCUUCACCAAAGAGAAGUCUUUUGAAAUCGUAAUCAUGGCGCUGAAAGACAAAUUCCAGGUGGCCGUCAAUGGGAAACACGUGCUGCUCUACUCCUACAGGACCAGCCCCGAGAAGAUUGACACGUUGGGCAUUUCCGGCAAAGUGAACAUCCACUCCGUGGGCUUCCGCUUCAGCUCGGAUUUAAGAAGUGGCCAAGCAUGCAAUCUGGAACUGAGAGACAUUAACAGAGAAAAUGUCCACAAUUCUGGCAUGUCACAGCUUCCUAGUAGCAGAGGAGAUAGCUCUAGACUCCUCGCACCCAGAACUGUCCACACCGAGAGCGAAGGCUCGACUGCCAGUCACCCUCUGACUUGCGCCAAAACACUGCCCGUCAGCUGUCUGCCAAAGACGCUGCCGUUUGCUGCAAGGCUGAACACCCCAAUGGGCCCCGGACGAACUGUCGUCAUUAAAGGAGAAGUGAAUGCGAAUGCCAAGGGCUUUAAUGUUGACCUGAUAUCGGGAAAGUCAAAGGACAUCGCGCUCCACUUGAACCCACGCCUGAACAGCAAGGCGUUCGUCAGGAACUCCUUUCUUCAGGAGUCCUGGGGAGAGGAGGAAAGAAGUAUUACCUGCUUCCCAUUCAGCCCUGGGAUGUACUUUGAGAUGAUCGUUUACUGUGAUGCCAGAGAAUUCAAGGUGGCCAUAAAUGGUGUCCACAGCCUGGAGUACAGACACAGGUUUAAAGAGCUCGGCGACAUCGACACGCUGGAGAUCGACGGCGACAUCCACCUGCUGCAAGUGAGGAGCUGGUAGCAGUCAGGACUGCACUGGCUGAAAUACAGAAUUGCUAUGUGACUCGGUCUGGGUACAAUGUCUCGCCGCCAACGCGUCGCUCGUGUCCGCGGCCGAGGGGCUUGGUGACCUGGGACUGGCGCCCGGCUGCUGUGCAGCGUUGUCCAGCAGCAUGAAGACUGCGCCGCGCCCAGGCCGCUUCGCCCGUCUCCCAGCCGCCUCCUGUCUGAAGCGUGAGCGCAUGCUCGCCCGGUGCUGACUGCGCUGUCAGGCAGGCGCUGGCUAGCACUGAUUUCCUGGUGGGUCUAAUUAUGGCCACCAGGUCUCCUGCUCUUAGAAUCUUCUUGCUCUGCCACUGUGCCACGUUUCCCUACAGACGUCACAUAAGCUCACCACGAACCUGACAGGCCACUUCCCGAUGACAUCACUUAGAGAAGGCACUGCUCGCGCUGAAAUGACAACUGUCCACUGGGUUCUGAUGACUUACAGCAGGCACUUCUUUUGCAUAACUGUUUAGGCUCAUGAGCAUUACCGAGUAAAGCACAUUAUGAAAUCUGAGCACAGCACAAAGAUCAAAGCCAAAAGCCACCCACACCCAGCAGGGCGGUGCCGUUAGCUCUGCGGGCCUGUAGGCCUGGCGUCUGUGCCGGCUUUAGACUGUCCGCAUGCAGGGAGUCACAGGCCUCCGGGCUCCUAUAGAGCAUUAAAAGCAGAUGAUUUCAAUUUCUAGAAUGUUCAUGGUUAACGAAGCCCCGUGAUGGCCAUUUUAAUGAUAGUUUAUAACGCAGGCGCUGUCAGAGGCUGCCUGCUGGAUGGCCCUGCGAGGCCGAGGGCGAGCUAGCGGCCAGCCUCCCCCCUCAGAGGUUCGAGCUGUAUCAUUAGCAGCUGAGAUUGAAACACUGUUCUCCUUCAAGUGAUUAAAAGCAAACCUGUGUCAGCAA